CAUUCUGCCCAGUUCGAUCGGCAACGGGAGCGGAAAGAGGAAAGCAGAGCGCUCGAAGGCAGUAGCCCCCACCACCGCCGGCCCAGGUUACCAUCUAGCACCGGGAAACACAGCAGAGAGCCGCCGCCGGCAGAAGCCAUUACCAGCCAGUAGUAACCAUGAGCAGCGAGGCCGAGACACAACAGCAACCGCCGCAGCCUGCUGCCGAUGCGGAGAGCCCAUCCAGCCCGGCAGCCGCAGCUUCCGCGGUGGAUAAGAAGGUCAUCGCAACAAAAGUCUUGGGUACAGUCAAAUGGUUCAACGUCAGGAAUGGAUAUGGUUUUAUCAAUAGGAAUGACACAAAAGAGGACGUCUUUGUACACCAAACAGCCAUCAAAAAGAACAACCCGAGGAAAUACCUUCGCAGUGUGGGAGAUGGAGAAACUGUGGAGUUUGAUGUAGUUGAGGGAGAGAAGGGAGCAGAGGCGGCAAAUGUGACCGGCCCAGGUGGCGUUGCAGUCCAGGGAAGUAAGUACGCCGCUGAUAGGAACCGCUACAGGCGCUAUCCCAGGAGAAGGGGCCCUCCCCGUGGUGGAGACUAUCCAGAGAACUACCAGAGUGACGGAGAGGGUGAACCAGGCAGCGUAGGUCGUGACAAAAGCGGCCGAGAUGGGGGAGAGAGUGCCCCCGAAGGAGACUCGCAGCAGCAGCAACGCAGGCCCACUUACCCUGGCAGGCGGCGUUACCCACCAUACUUUGUACGUAGACGCUACGGCCGCCGGCCCCCGUACACCAACGCACCACGCGGAGAGAUGACUGAGGGAGGCGAGGGUGACGAGAGCCAGGGAGGUCCAGACCAGGGUAACAGACCAGCGAGGCAGAACUACUACAGAGGCUUCCGACCAAGGUUCAGACCAAGGGGUCCACCCCGUCCCAGACCGGUGCGGGACGGUGAGGAGGACAAGGAGAAUCAGGGCGGCGAAGGCGGUCAGAAUCAACAGCCGCGCCAACGGCGUUCCCGCCGCAACUUCAACUACCGCCGCAGACGCCCACAGACCGGUGGCAAACCCGGCCAGGAAACCAAGGAGGCCAAGGCAGGAGGAGACCCAUCUGCAGAGAAAACGUCCGCUCCCGAGGCCCAGCAGGGUGGGGCUGAGUAGGAAAGAACCUGCCCACCGGCACCUACCAUCUUUUACCAUCGUCCGGUUUUUUGUCAACAAGAAGAAACAUCAAACAAGAUCUGAGCAAUAAAGAUUUGACUUGACGAUCGUCACAAGCUUGCACCAUGCAUUUGACCAGAUUACCACCGAUUGCCUGCAGAAUCUAUGCAGACUUGUUUUUUUUUCCCAUUAUUUUUAUGUAACAGCUACAAAAAGUUUUGGGGAAACAGCAAAUGUUUUUCUAAAUCUGUCCUAAGUUUUUACACCAAAUGGUUUUUAAAGAAAAAAAUGGAAUUUGAUAUCUGGUCAGUUUGACAUUUUUAAAUAACUUUUUAUGUAUUCAAACAUUUUAACAAAAUGCAAGCUAAAAUAAAAGUCCAGAAACCAGUGGAA